AACGCGAGACGCGCGCGAGACGUUCCACGUUCGUAGCGAGUGAAGAAACAGCCGUUAAAAGAGCCGUUAAACAGCCGGAGAGGACGAACUUCAGCAGAACGACAGAGACACUGACUGAACAUGACCCUAAAGCUGGACGGGUGACAUUUCUGCAGAUUUACACGCAUAUAAUUAAAAAAUAAGUCGUCUGAACGGCGUCUCUGCACUGAGGAGGAUUUUUACACGCUGUUUGAAGGAGGCGGCGGCGCGUGGCUCCGCUGAGGUGAUUUUUUUAACGAGACAUUUUGGAUUGAAGCUUUCUGUUUUUUAGGCAGCUUUGCUUUUUUUUUUUACCUCGCCGUGUCCCCAAGUUUGGGCUUCGCCGAAAGCGACCGUGUGAAACCGUCUCCUCGGCGGAUUUCCCUCGACUUUUCGUCCGUAUCGAUGGGGAAAAGUGAAAAGACUGCGAAAAGAAGGCACAGAGGAGGGACUGGAUUCUUACUGCAGAUGAGCACCGCGUCCGUUUUUGUGUUCGCCGUCUUCGUCCACAUCGGUGGAGCUCAAGUGGACGAUGACUACUUGGGAUUGGGCGAGCUUCCGGAGACCUUCCCAUCUGACCCCCCAGAACCCCUCCCCCACUUCCUGACGGAGCCAGAGGAAGCCUACAUAGUCAAGAACAAACCUGUCAAUCUCUACUGCAAGGCCACCCCCGCAACGCAGAUCUAUUUCAAGUGUAACAGCGAGUGGGUUCAUCAGAAGGAGCACACGGUGGAGGAACGUGUGGACGAAACCUCUGGGCUGGUGGUGAGAGAGGCCAGUAUUGAGAUAACUCGGCAGCAGGUGGAGGAGCUCUUUGGCCUAGAGGACUUCUGGUGCCAGUGUGUAGCCUGGAGCUCGGCCGGCACCACAAAGAGCCGCAAGGCCCACGUCCGCAUCGCCUAUCUCAGGAAAACAUUUGACCAGGAGCCUUUAGGGAAGGAGGUGUCUCUUGAACAGGAAGUUCUUCUUCAGUGCCGUCCACCUGAAGGCAUACCUGCUGCAGAGGUGGAGUGGCUUAAGAACGAAGAGGUCAUCGACCCCGCGGACGACCGUAACUUCUACAUCACCAUCGAUCACAACCUGAUCAUCAAACAAGCUCGUCUGUCCGACACCGCCAACUACACCUGUGUAGCCAAGAACAUUGUGGCCAAGAGGAGAAGUACCACAGCCACUGUUAUAGUCUAUGUGAAUGGAGGCUGGUCGACAUGGACCGAAUGGUCGGCGUGCAACAGCCGCUGUGGGAGAGGCUUCCAGAAGAGGACGCGCAGCUGCACCAACCCAGCACCACUCAACGGAGGAGCCAUAUGUGAAGGCCAGGCCAUCCAGAAACUGGCUUGCAACCCAUUAUGUCCAGUGGACGGCUUGUGGACGGAAUGGAGCAAGUGGUCAACAUGUGGAACAGAAUGCACCCACUGGAGGAGAAGAGAGUGCAGCGCGCCAGCCCCUAAAAAUGGAGGCAAAGACUGCGAGGGCAUGGUGCUCCAGUCCAAGAACUGUACCGACGGCCUUUGCAUGCAGAGUUCCCUAUUUCAGAAGUCCCCUGAACCAAAAGGCAAGAGUGAUGAGUUUGGAUAUUCAUCUGCCCCAAGCACGGAUGAUGUGGCUUUGUACGUGGGCAUCGUCAUCGCCGUAAUCAUGUGCUUAGUCAUCUCCGUCAUCGUGGCCCUCUUUGUCUACCGCAAGAAUCACCGCGACUUCGACUCCGACAUCAUCGAUUCCUCGGCCCUCAACGGCGGAUUCCAGCCAGUCAGCAUCAAGACGGCUCGGACAGCUGAUCUCCUGGCUGCACCUCCUGACCUGACCUCAGCUGCAGCCAUGUACCGCGGCCCCGUGUAUGCCCUCCACGAUGUGGCCGACAAAAUCCCCAUGACCAACUCGCCAUUGCUGGACCCGCUGCCCAACCUGAAAAUCAAAGUGUACAACUCAUCAGGCUUGGUCACCCCACAAGAGGACCUUUCGGACUUCUCCUCCAAACUCUCCCCCAAGCUCCCACACUCACUGAUCGACAGUGACACCAUGGGCCAGCGCACCCAGAGUCUGGUGCGCAGCCGGGACCCCUCCUGCACUGCCUUCGGCUCCUUCAACUCCCUCGGAGGGCACCUCAUCGUUCCCAACUCAGGCGUGAGCUUGUUGGUGCCAGCAGGUGCUAUCCCUCAGGGACGAGUGUAUGAGAUGUACGUGACGGUGCACAGGAAGGAGACCAUGAGGCCUUCAGUGGACGACACCCAGACUGUUCUGAGCCCGGUGGUGAGUUGUGGUCCUCCAGGAGCCCUGCUGACCCGUCCGGUCAUCAUCACUAUGCACCACUGUGCCGAGGCUGACAGCGAGGACUGGCUUAUUCAGCUGAAAAGCCAAUCACAGCAGGGCCAGUGGGAGGAUGUGGUGGUGGUGGGAGAGGAAAACUUCACCACUCCCUGCUACAUUCAAAUGGAUGAGGAGGCCUGUCACAUUUUGACGGAGACGCUGGGCACGUACUGCCUAGUGGGUCAGUCGGUGAGCGCCGCCACCACAAAGAGACUUAAACUGGCCGUGUUCGGCCCUGUCACCUGCACUGCCCUGGAGUACAACAUCCGGGUGUACUGCCUGGACGACACCCAGGAUGCCCUGAAAGAGGUGCUGCAGAUGGAGAAACAGAUGGGCGGAAAGCUCCUGGACGAACCAAAGACCCUGAACUUCAAGGACAGCACCCACAACCUGCGGCUAUCCCUGCACGACGUACCCCACACCCUGUGGAAGAGCAAACUCCUAGCCAAGUACCAGGAGCUGCCGUUCCAGCACGUGUGGAGUGGCUCUCAGAGGAACCUGCACUGCACCUUUACUCUGGAGCGCUUCAGUGCCAGCACAGUGGAGUUGGCCUGCAAGCUGUGUGUGCGCCAGGUGGAGGGCGAGGGUCAGAUUUUCCAGCUCAACACCACCCUGUCCGAGGAUUCUCAGUGCAUCGACACCUCUCUGCUGGACCCAGCCAGCAACAUCACCACCUUGGUAGGGCCAAACGCCUUCCGCAUCCCUCUGUCCAUCCGACAGAAGCUGUGCAGCAGUCUGGACGCCCCUCAGACUCGGGGAAACGACUGGAGGAUGCUGGCACACAAACUCAACCUGGACAGGUAUCUGAACUACUUUGCCACCAAGUCCAGUCCGACCGGUGUGAUUUUGGACCUGUGGGAGGCGCAGCACUUCCCUGACGGUAACCUGAACCGACUGGCUGCUGUACUGGAGGAAAUGGGUCGCCAUGAGAACAUCGUGCCCAUGGCAACCGAGCACUGACACCUAUCCACCGAGGCGAGAGCAGGACGUCCCUUGGAAGCGCGACGGAUACAUCAUGGGGAGAAGAGCAUCGGCCCGGAACAUCGGCCAGAGAUUGCAGCGGCACGGUGGGCCGCAGCAGGCACUGUGACACAACGGCUAUCCCACCCAGCUCCUCCACGGGCAGCCCAUGACAGGAAGUGACCAGCUACUUACAGACAAACGGUUUCUUUCCCAUUUCAACAUAUUAAAGGAAUCAACUCGAAUGGCCAAAAUCUAGAGGAACGGAAAAAAGGAGAAAAUUAAGGACAUCGUACUUUAAGCCCUGUCUGUACGAUUCCUAGUACAGUCUUUAUUUUCUUUCUUUUUUUGUUUCU